AUGGCUAGGAAAGUUGCCAUUUGCACAUUAUUAUACUCACGGGACUAUCUGCCUGGUGCCUUGACUUUGGCGUAUCAAUUGCAGAGACUCUUGAAGUCUACCGUAGUGGAAAGCCAGAUAACCGUAUGUCUACUGGUUGCAAGAGGGUUGUUUAAGAAUGAGUUCAGCGCCCAGGAAACGGCCUUGAUAAGAAGUCUUUUCAAAGAAGUUAUUACCAUUGAACCGUUACAGGAUCAAGAAAAGAGUGUAGAAAAUAAUAAGGAAAAUCUUGAGCUAUUGAAAAGGCCAGAACUGGCUUUUACUUUACUUAAAGCCAGGUUAUGGGAACUGGUGCAGUUCGAUCAGGUUUUGUUUUUGGAUGCAGACACUUUACCCCUGGACAAGGAGUUUUUCAAUAUUCUGGAAUUAUAUCCGGAACAGACAAGGUUCCAAAUUGCCGCUGUUCCAGAUAUCGGAUGGCCCGACAUGUUUAAUACCGGUGUACUAUUACUGAUUCCCGAUCUGGAAGUGGCAAGGAGUUUACAGGAUUUCCUGGUCAAGACUGUAUCGAUUGAUGGUGCCGAUCAAGGUAUCUUCAACCAGUUUUUCAAUCCCGUUUGCAAUUACAGCAGGGAAGUUUUGCAUAAGAUAUCUCCGCUCGUGGAGUGGAUACGACUUCCCUUUAUCUAUAAUGUGACAAUGCCCAACUACGGAUACCAGUCUUCACCCGCGAUGAGUUUUUUCCAACAACAUAUCAAACUGGUUCACUUCAUUGGAACGUUUAAACCAUGGUCACACACUACAUCUGACUAUGAGGACCGCUAUCACCAACUAUGGAGAAACGCACAUUGUGAUCUUUACAGCGAGUACCACUUGAGUAAUUACUUCACGCAUUUGCAACUGGGCAAUGUUGAAACAGACACAUAUUUCGAUCACGAGACUCCGUCUCUCAGCAUACUGCUAAAUCAAAAUACCAGGAGGAAACAGACUAAGGUUGAACCCGAUGUAGCGACCCAAAUAGAUCUCAACUCCCCACAAGAGGCGGCUAUAGAAGAAGAUCACCAAGCACCCCCAAUUUCUGUACCUCAAUCAGCCUUCAAAUUCGAUUGGGAAGACACGGACUAUUUAGACCGUGUCCAAAGAGCAUUUCCAGGGUCCGAUGCCUGA